UUGUGGUGACAGUUACACUGGGCCAAGACGUCACGAACCAGGAGCAGCUGGUAUAUAUGCCCAGGGAAUCAUUACUGGAUGUUACUCUGAUUCCGACACGAUUGACGUCACGGUACAUCUCACAAUGAAUCACAUGGGCUGGAUGGAAUGGAGGCUCUGUCCUCACAAUGAGGUCACUACUACCGUGACGCAAGCAUGUUUAGACCGGAACCUAUUACAGAUUGUUGGUGAUGGAGACAGUAAUUGGUAUAAAGAUGGCGAAACACGCCUGAUGAUAAGUUCUGUUGGAAGUAAAUCUAACGAUUAUUUUAAAGUAUCUUUAGCAAUACCCGAUGGUGUAAAAUGUGAUGGUUGUGUUCUUCAGUGGAUUUAUAAAUCAGGUAAUAACUGGGGCUGUAAAACUGUUGAUGGGUCGAAGAUCUGUGACGUGGGGCUUGGUCCUGAACAGGAGGAAUUCAGAAAUUGUGCCGAUAUCGCCAUACUGGAUGAUUGCCCCGACAAUGUCCUUGACCUCCCCAUGAAUAACCCUGGAAGUCAUCACAUGUCUGACGGAGUUAGUCCAACACAAUCUAACGAAGGGCACAGAAUCCUGCAUUUGUCGGAAGUACCGGAAGUGAUGCACCAGCAUGAAACGAGUUUCAGUCAUCUUCAUCAAGGAAUGCACGAACAUGAUCACGAAGCACCCGAAGAAGAGGUUGCCGAUGAAAAACAAAAUCUGCUUCAUGCUCUUUCUCAACAAAUCAAUUCGUUUAUGCACCUUGCUGCUCAUCACCCCCUGCCCUUAUCCCAAGAAGAUGAUUUAGAUAGUGACGCAGAUGAAGGCGAUACAUCAAAUGAUGCUCAGGAUAUUCCGCAGGUUAGUGGGAGUACGGACAAUACCCCCGUUGAUUUAGUUCAAACAUUAAUUGAUUGGUCGCAAGUAGGCCCGAUGGCUUUAUCCCCAAUUGGAGAAUUAACGCAACACAGUUCCGAUCCUACAGAUUCACAACACAUCGAUGUUGAUGAACAGGAAGUCCCAACUAUUAAUGAUUUCACAGAAGACACCGUGGAUAGUCAACAGCCCCUAGUACCCCCCCAGGAAACACAAGAAGACACACCACUUCUUCACCAUACUCAUCAGCAUUCACUACAUGUGGCAGAUCCACCCGGAGUUGAAAUCAUAGAGGUACCUCUUUCAUCUCAGAAUCAGGAAGCUUCCGUGGGAUCAAAACCAGUUUCUAUUCUUAUUGCUAAACAGCCUAGACGACAGGCAGCACGGGCACCAUCGGGAUAUUGCUCCUUACAUCUAGAUCUUGGAUCGAACGCAAAGUUGGAGACAUUUUGUUUUAACAGAAAUUGUCAAGUAGAUUUUGCAAGCAGAAAAUGUCAUUGUUUCUAA